AAUAUUAUGGGAUAUGGUAAACGUCGUUCCGGUUCAUUGGUAAGAUGGCGUAUCAGCAACCACUGCAGCAACAGCCAGGAGUUCCUGGACAAGUACAGUGGAUGGCAGCACCUCAGGCUCCGAUGGGCUGCCCUCCAGGUCUAGAGUACCUUACUGCAAUUGAUCAGUUGCUCGUGCAACAACAGGUUGAGUUACUGGAAGCUUUUACUGGAUUUGAAACAAACAACAAGUACAAGAUAUGUAAUGCCAUGGGUCAACAAGUCUACUUUGCCGCUGAAGGUAAUGCUGCCAGUAACAGAUAUCAACAACAGAGGAACUUAUUCAAGUAUCUCUGGAUUCAUACAAUGUAGUUUACCUUAAAGUACCUUUUGUUAAUCUCCCCAAAAAUGACAACCCCAUCAGUAUUUGUGAUCAGUCAAUGCAUAGUUUGUCAAUGACGUGGCUAAGAACUGUCUGUGGGCUAAUUUCACUGACUGAUUGAGACCGGGGGCAGGGCAUUCUUGGGUUUCACACGACAUCACAAGCUUUGCUCAAAUCAGUGUCCGCCAUGUUGGUGUCCCUCAGGUGUCAAAUUUAUGCUAAUAAUAGUCCAUUUCUACAGUGAAUCACUCUAUUAUUUCGGCGACUACAUGAAUAUCCAGGAAGACAAAAUCGAUAAAAGUACCACGCAUUCAUCUAAAGGUAUCCCAGUGUUCUCUGAGUAUGCUAAAAGCUUAGAGAGUCGAGUAAAGGAAAGAUAUUCGCAAAAGAUCUCGGUCAUUGGUGUUGACCCGGCAAGCAUACCAACCAAGCAGUUCAGUCCAGAAUGCUUGCCUCCCGUGGAAGUCUUGGACUUGCUGAGUUACCGCGUUCUUGAGACCAGCUUCUACACCAACAAGCAGUUCAAGGCGUUCAAGAGUCUGGAGGCAUUUAACCAAAUGGUGUCAGGAUUUGUAACCUCAGUUGUAGGCAAAGUAAUUACCGGCAAGUAUGUUGUGAGAGCACAUGUUCAGCAUUCACAGGGUAUGAAUGAUCCUUUAGUGAACAUUUGGGUCAUUUCCGAAAGCGAUGGGACUAUUUUGUCAGCCCAUUGCUUGGGAUGCAAAGUUGGACUGGCUGAGUCAUGCUCACAUAUCACAAGUGUUUUAUUUCAUUUAUUUAGAGGCAACUACACGAAUUCAUGGUAAGCUCGCUUGCAUGCAGGUAAAAUGAUCAUGGAUUUUGCCGACAUAUGUCAAUGAAGUGCCGUAUGCGAGGGCUAAGGACAUCGAUUUUUCAUCGGCUAAGAAGCUCAAAGAAAAGCUCAACCAGAAAAUUGAGGAUCUACAACAGCUGCACGCCUCGAACCAUACAGCAGUUUCUAGUUCUGGGACUGCAUUGGCCGGCACAUCAGCGCCUCAGCGCAUGCAGCGCACAUCGCUUCCUUCAAAAGAGGAAAUGGAUCAACUUUAUGCCAAACUCAAUCAGUGCAAAAUUAAAGCAGUAACUUUAAAUUUAAUCAAUCCUUUUGCUAAACAAUUUAUCAACCAAAGCCGCUCUGUUCCAGUAGUUUCAGAGCUGUUUCAUGCGGAUAAUUUGAGCCUUGGCUAUUUGGAACUGUUGGCGUAAUGCAUUCAAGUACAGUUAAACAUUUCAGCAGAGCAAAUCAAGCUGGUAGAGGAAACCACCAGGGCUCCGUCAAAAGGUACAGGCUUUUUUAAGCAUUGUGCUGGAAGAAUUGGCACUUCCAUUAGCACUUCCUUCGCAGCGCCUUACUAAAACGAUUUGCUAUCCUAGUCUGUACAAACUGAACACCACUGUAGUCAAACAUGGCUGCAAACAUGAGGAUGCCACUAUUCAGGCCUAU